CAUUACUAAUCCCUUACAUAACAACCAAACUCUAUUCGUGCGGCGAAAUAAAAAAUUGCUGGAUCACUGCCUGACCGACCUUGCAGCAACUGAGAAGCAGCAGCAGCAGCGAUGAACUCGACGCGAUAUCUGACGUCCUACGGCUGGACACCGGGGACGGGGUUCAAGAAGGACAGCUUAGCCAAGCCGAUACUGAUGCACCACAAGAAAGACACAAAGGGGCUGGGGAACAAGUCGCUUGAGCACGAGAGUUGGUGGGAGCGGGUUUUUGACGGGCGGUUGCAGGGGUUGGAUGUGUAUGAGAAGAAGAAGGAGGAGGAGGAGAGGUUUGAGAUUCGAGGGGUUGUGCAGAGUCCGUUGUAUAAGAUGUUUGUGAAGGGGAGUGGGUUGGCGGGGUCGAUAGAGGAGAGUGUUGUUGUUACUGAGAGGAAGGAGGAGAAGGUGAGGAAGGUGAAGAAGGAGAAGAAGGAGAGGAAGUUGAAGGACAAGAACAGGGUGUCGAAAGAGUCAGAGUCGAAGAAGAAGAAGAAGGAGAAGAAGGAGAAGUCAAAGACGAAGGAUGAGGAGUGGGUUCGGAUGAUGGUGAAGGAGAUGAAGAAGAAGGCUUGAUCUGGUCAUCUCGGUCCUGGUUUGCUGAUGUGACAGGUGUGGAUAUCAAUAUCAACAACCUGAUCAAUAUCAAUAGCAUCGUCAGGCUGUUGGUAUUGGUAUUGGUAUGAUAUGAUAUCGCAGUGUUCAGUGAUAUCAGAUACAGAUCAGAUAGAGAUCAGAGAUACACAACAGAACAGACAACAACAACAAAUACACACUACAACAACCCACAACAGAUACAGAUACAGAUACAGAUACAGACAAUAUCAACAUCAACAACACACAAUAUCAACAACAAUACAACACACAACAGCAAUACAAUACACACACCCAGGUCUCGGCUCAUCGAGAGGCGCCUCGG